GGUAACUGACAGAAAAUGGCGUUUGGUGCGCUCCUGUUUGACGAUCGGACUUGGAGGGCUUAUUCGCCAUUGUACACGCGCACGCGGCACAUGGAUGUUGCAGUUGUUGACGGUGUACGGGAGGAGGAUUGUCGCGAGAAUAGUAAAAUGAGUAACUGCGAGAAAGACGAUGGUGAGAGUAGCCGUUUGACGAGGCUGACCGAACUGGUAUCUCGUACAAACGAGAGUAAUCCAGAUCGUAUAUCAAAAGGUAGUCAAAGCAAAAAGGAAAGUGAAAAAUCUAGAAAACCCUUUAAUCUUCCGCACAAAAAAUUUAACAAGCAUGAUGACAAUCGUUCUUUUAAAUUUAGUAACAGGAAGCGGCCUCAGAAUAACAAUGGAAAGUGCUACCCUUUCUAUAAUUUCUAUAAACGUAGAAAGAAAGACGGUAUAAUCAUUCCUCCUACAAAAUUCUUGCUCGGUGGAAAUAUUUGCGAUCCAUUGAAUCUAAAUAGCAUGCAAGAUGAAGAAGUAAAUCGAGCUAUGAACGCUGUAACACCAAAAUCAAGUCCGCUUCCCACUCCAAAGCACAAAAAGGAAGCUAUCGAAGUACUUAUUCCUCCAAAUAUUUACGAUCCGUUAAAUUUGACAAAUUGCAACGACAAUGAAGAAUACGAGAAACUAUUGAUAUCUCCCAUAAAAAAAAGUUCCAAGCGAAAAAAUAGAAAGAAGAAAAGAUCCUGUUCCGAAUCCAGGAGAGAAGAAGCAAACACGGUGGAGGUGAAUAAAAGCAAGAAAUCGAGCGAAGAAAUUAGAGGAAACAACGAAGUUGAAACUGAAACUUCAAUAGAAAACCAUUUCAACGAAAGAAUUGGUUCACCAGAGACACAAAAUACACAGAACGAAAGUAUUUCGAAGGAAAAUAAAACAGAGAGUCCUCAAAAGGACAAAACUAAGUUACGAUUAAAAGAACUGGACGAAGUAAAAGACAAGAGAUUGAGAAAAAUUGAUACAAAAGAUAAAAUAGUGAGCCCGGUAAUUCCACAACCUGGCGCUUGGAAACCAAGGCCGCAACACAGACCCAGUCAAGACAAGAAGAAGAAACAACAUAUGCCCAAAUUUAGGUCGAAGGACGCUAGGUAUCAAUACGGAAACUACAACAGAUAUUACGGAUACAGAAAUCUUCAUCACGAAGUAGAUCCCAGACUAAAAGUAUUCGCACAACGAAAAGAGUUGUUCUUUGGAAAAGAUAUUUUGGAUAUUGGAUGCAACAUCGGCCACAUUACACUGUCAGUUGCGAGAAAUCUCGGAGCCAAAAGUGUUACGGGGAUCGAUAUCGAUAGAACAUUAAUAAAUAUCGCGCGGAAAAAUGUAAAGCAUUACGUUAAUUGCGUGCAAAGUCCUGUGAGCAACGAAGAUAACUCUCUGGACACCAAGUUCUUUCCCAUGUCAAUGCCAAUUAAUUACGGGCCUGUGGAUAUUCCAGGAUUUACGAAAAAUAAACAAAACAAAGGAUUCCCUUACAAUGUUACUUUUGUACAGGGUAACUAUGUGCUCGAGGACGAUUCGCUUUUGUGCGCAGAGCAGCCACAAUUUGAUACUAUUCUAUGCCUUUCCAUCACCAAGUGGAUCCAUUUAAAUUUUGGCGACGCUGGAUUAAAGCAAACUUUCAAGCGUAUACACGCACAAUUGCGCCCUGGUGGAGUUCUCGUGCUGGAACCUCAAGGCUGGGCCAGCUACACCAAAAAGAAGAAUCUCACAGAGCGAAUUUACAAAAAUUAUCAAAAUAUCGAGUUUCGACCACAGAAGUUUACACAAUAUCUUCUGUCUUCCGAAGUAGGCUUUUGCAAGUGCGAGGUAAUUUCUAUCCCGCCUCAUCCUUCAAAAGGAUUUCAACGACCUAUACAUCUCUUUACCAAAGCUGAAAAUCCCUCAUUUACCGCUAGCGAACAAACCACCGACGCGACAAGCACAAACGACGAACAUACGUUGCCGAAUCGCAGCGAAAGAAUGACAAGAAGAGACCAAGAAGAGAUUCGCGACAUGGAGAGAAUCAAGUACGAGGAGGAACUAUUUCCAAAAGAAAAUGUCAAUAGAGGCAAUAUGUCAGAAAUUAGUCAGCACAGUGGAGAUCAAUACGAACAGCUCGCAAACGUUUACGCGCCUAGUUCGACGCCAUGUUACGAUACUCCAAGUCGCAGCAGCGACAGUCAACCUUUGGACGAUCAACCUUCAGAGGAUCCCGCAGCUAGAAUAAAGAAAGAAACGAAAGAAAUUUCUUACAAGUCAGAGACUAAUAAUGAAAACGAGCUAGAUGCGAAUGAGAAAAAAGAAACGAAAGAAGACGAAAAAGAUGCGGAAAGAAGAAAAAAGGACAAAACGGAUACAUCUUAAGAUAUUUAAAAACACGAAAGUAAUCGAAAGACAACACGAAGAUAAGAAAGAAAACAAAGAUGUUGAGAAAAUUACCGUUACGUGCGCGCAUAACUUUAGUGUCGACGAAUGAAGAUUACGAACGAAUACGCGAAAGAUUACGUGCGAAAACUACAAACAAAACUAACUAGAUAACAAGUUUGUUCAAUCUUUGUUUCAUCUCUGAAAAAUUAAAAGCUUUUUUCUUCCGUACUAUUUGUUCUCAAAUCAUGCGCUUGCUGUAGUUUCAGUUUUAUUUCUUCAGUAUUAUAAAGUUUCAACAGUUAAGCUGUGAUUUAAUUGUCUAUAAUAUAUUAAAAAAUAGAUAAAAUGUGAUGUGACUAAUAAAUGUUUAAAGAAACAAACAAAAAGUGUUUAUUCCCUA